AUGUUUAUUGUUUUUGCAGCAGCAUUCUAAUUAUCUACUAGAAUCACUUAAGAUUUUAAAAUGCCAAUAUUACAUUCAGAUCAAAUUAAUCCCUGGUUUUUGGAUGACCAAAACCAAAAUGAAGCAUUUGUUGAUUGGGAAGGAAAUCAAGUGCGAUAAUUUCACUCAUUUAAUGAAAAUCAAUUUCCAAUCAACAUAACACUGAGAAUUUAAACAUAAUCUGAAUUUUAUCCUUUUAUUUAGGAAAGUCUUCAACUAAGAUUUCCAGAAGUAGAUGAAAUUACGUAUACUCUAUUACCAAAGUAAUCUUAUUAAUUAGCAAUGGAAUAUAAUUGCACUCAACAUAAUGAGGGAAUCCAAUAAAUUGAUUUAAUUUUUAUGGAAUAAUCAUUUAAGAAUAAUCCUUUACAUUUAGAUGAAUUAAAUUAAAUUAGUAUUAGGUAUUAUAAAUAUUGCUAAAACCCUCAUACAGCACUAAUUGAUUUUAAGAAUAUGGUAGCAGUAAUAUUGAUAUACAUUACUACCACUUGUAGCUCACUGUUUUGUAUUAGAAAAGUUUUUACAUAAUUUGAAUUUACUCCAACUAAGUAAUUAUUGACACUUUUAUUGUUUCCUGCUAUUGGAUCAUUUUUUGUUUAUCCAAAAACAAUAUCAUUUAUUCUAGCUUUUAUAGUGUUAUGCGAUUUUAUUUAUUAUGCCUCAAAAUCAUUGAUUAUUAGCAUAAUAGUAUCCUUGAUUAUCUUAUAUUUUCAACAUUAUAUUAUUGAGUCUACUCAAAUUGAAUAAGUUUUCUUUAAUGAUUUAUUUCAUCAAAUACUUCCUUGUAUUGUUACAGUUUUAUUGCUUAUAUAAGUAAAUCGACGCAUAAUCAUUGCCAAUAAAUUUUAACUAUUUUUAUUUUUUUGCAUAAUUUGGCUAACUGAAAUUUAUUCUUUGGUUCAUAGAACACAAGUCGAUAAACACUUGCUAAUUCAGAAUUCCUAAGAGAUGUCUGGUUCUAUAAAAACAAAGUUUUCAUUUUUAAUUGCAAACGAUCAUACCUAAUGGCAAUAAAAAAAUAUUGAUAUCCAUUUAUAUUAAUUAAUUGGGUUAUCAUUAAUACAAUCUUUCAUUUUUCGACAUGGACUAUUCAAUAAAGAACAUAUUGUAAAUAUUAUAAUUAUUGGUAUAACCUAAUUUACUGGAUUGAUAUUGUUUGAUUUGCUAUAUCGCUAUAAGCACAAUCCUCCGUUCUUAACACUAAUUACUGGAUUUAUUUUACUUGGAAUGAUGUUAAAUUAUUUAAGAACUGGUUCAGGAUUGAGAAAUCCUUAUCUUGAAUUUGAGUAAAUAGAAGAAAAGAUUAAGAUAUGA